AUGGGUAUUCUUGCUGUACUUGCUCUACCACUGCUUUUCUUAGGGAUCAGUGGAAUCAUUUCCAUUUACCAGUCAGUCAGGUGGCUAUUUUCCAAGUCAGCUGUGCAAAACAAGGUGGUGGUGAUCACAGAUGCCACCUCUGGACUGGGCAAGGAAUGUUCUCGGGUGUUUCACACAGGAGGAGCAAGGCUUGUGUUGUGUGGCAGGACAUGGGAAAAGUUAGAAGCCUUGUAUGAUGCUUUAAUUAGUGUGGCAGACCCCAGUGUGACAUAUGCACCAAAACUCAUACUUCUGGAUAUCUCUGACAUCAUCUGCAUUCAAGAUGUAGCUAAGGAAAUCCUGAACUGCUAUGGCUGUGUAGAUAUUCUCAUCAACAAUGCAAGUAUGAAGGUCAAAGGAGCAGUGCAGAGCAUUUCAUUGGAACUUGAUAAAAAGAUAAUGGAUGCCAACUAUUUUGGACCUAUAACAUUAACCAAAGCCAUUCUUCCCAACAUGAUCUCAAGAAGAACUGGCCAAAUUGUUCUAAUUAAUAGUAUCCAAGGAAAAGUAGGAAUCCCAUUUCGUGCAGCUUAUGCUGCUUCUAAGCAUGCUGCUGUAGGCUUUUUUGAUUGUCUUAGAGCUGAAAUGGAAGAGUUUGAUAUCUCUGUCAGCACUGUGAAUCCAACCUUCAUCUGUUCAUACCAUCGCCAGCCAGCACCUGGCAACUGGGAGGCAUCUAUUUGGAAAUUCUUUUUCAGAAAGGUGGCAUAUGGUGUGCACCCAGUGGAGGUGGCAGAAGAAGUCUUGCACACAGUGAGCAGGAAGAAGCAGGAGGUACUUAUGGCCAACCCUAUCCCCAGAGUGGCAGUUUACAUUCGCACCUUCUUCCCUGAGCUGUUCUUUGCCAUUGUGGCCUCAGGGAUUAGAGAAAAGCCAAAGACAGAAGAGGAAAACUGA